GAAGAGCCGCCACCUGCACUUCGCCGGCUGCCCGAGUGGCUUGAAUGCCACCGUAAACCGGUCGCGAUGAUACUACGACUGUACGCCACGCUGAUCUUCUGCUGGGAUGUGUUUGUCAUUCUGGUACAGUUUUUACUCACCCUACUAAAGUCGCUGUUUCGUCUGGUGCGGCCACCGAAACCUAAGAGUCUCGCUGGUGAAGUAGCCGCCGUCGUUGGCAGUGGCCGGGGAGUUGGUUAUGAUCUCGCGCUGCAGCUGGCGGCACAAGGCGUAAAGGUGGCCUGCAUUGACAUUAAGACUGCGGACAACGAUCUGUUGGUCAAACGGAUUCAAUCAUCCGGUGGCGUGGCGCACGCAUACGAGUGCGAUGUUACGAACAAGGCGGCCGUUGGCCGUGUAGUGACCGCAAUCGAGAACAAUUUUGGCACCGUUAGCAUGCUGUUUCACUGCUGCAAUGUUCCCAGUGCACGAAGCCUGGUCACGGAACCGCCCCCCAUCGAGUUUACGCUGAACGUGGGCGUUGUGUCCCAUUUCUUGCUCUUGGAAGCAAUUUUGCCAAAAAUGAAGAAAGCAUCCCACGGACACGUCGUCUUCCUAACGUCGGUUGCCGGCGUCAGUGGAUUGAAGCACCAGAUGCCGCUGGCUGUUUCGCAGUUUGCGGUGCAAGGUCUUUACGAGUCGACGCUCGAGGAGCUGCGUAUUGAAAAGUGCCAGCAGACGAUCCACACCACGUUGGUGCACAUCUAUCCGUUCAUCAUCACCGAUCACUGCCUGAACGACAUCCGAUUGCGUAUAUCUUCCGCCUUCGGGCGUAUCAAAUCGGACGAGGCAGCCCGACGCAUUAUCAUGGGCGUGCGGCGGAAUGAGCUCGAGCUUAGCAUUCCGGGCUAUCUGCUGUUCCUUAGCCACCUGCUGCGACUGUUGCCUCGCCGCGCAACCCUUCUACUGCGCGAGUUAAUCGACACUGGGUUGGAUAUGUAAGGGGAAGGCGCCUAACAGAGCCUCAAAUUA